AUGACCGAAGCUGAUAGAACUGUAUCCCAUAUUACUAAACAGGCUAAAAGAAAAAAGAGAUUUUUAAAUAAUACAGCAUCUGAGUUCUCAUCCUCAUCUUCAUCUGGGUCUAGUUAUGAAUGGUCUAAUGAUGAAGAUUUUGCUAUAAAUAUGGUGAAAGCAAAGAAGUGCUGGAGUAUACAAAGUUUUCCCAAUGGUCCUUACUAA